AUGAAACAGCCACCGUGCCACGUAGAGGACCGUCCAUCUGCACGCCUGCACAACAUUUGUUCAAAAGUUUGACUUGCCUCUCUACCCUGUGGUUUUCUCGGUGUGGCUGUAGUGUGUAAGAAUGCUGCUGUCGGUGCUGAGCUGGCUCUGCUCCUCUCUGCUUCUGUCUGUCAGCGGGGGGAAGCUGCCUGAAGCGGAGGUGCAGAUAGAAGUCCUGCACAAACCUUUUCUCUGUCACCGAAAGUCAAAGUACGGAGACAUCCUGUUGGUACAUCAUGAGGGGUACUUGGAGAACGGGACCCUGAUUCACUCCAGUCGAACUCAUGGAGACAAGCAGGCAGUGUGGUUCACUCUGGGUAUCAGAGAGGUGAUCAAAGGCUGGGAUAAAGGCCUGCAGGACAUGUGCUCUGGAGAGAAGCGGAAACUCAUCGUACCUCCAGCUCUGGCCUAUGGGAAGGAAGGGAAAGGCAAGAUCCCACCUGAGAGCACACUCACCUUCUUCAUCGAGGUGCUUGAGAUCAGAAAUGGACCAAGGUCACACGAGUCCUUCCAGGAGAUGGACCUCAACGAUGACUGGAAGCUAUCGAGGAAUGAGGUGAAAGAAUACCUCAGGAAAGAGUUUGAGCGCCAUGGCUACCCUGCCAACGACACCCUACAUGAGAACAUGGUGGCUGAUAUCUUCGCCAAAGAGGACGAGAACAAAGACGGCGUCAUUUCCUCCAGAGAGUUUACCUACAAACACGAUGAACUCUAAAGUCUCUUUAAUGUGCCAAAAUUCACUCAAGUCAUUCAUUCAUGUUGUCUUCCAGUCUUCUGUGAGUUCACACAGUAGAAAUACUUUUGUGCUUUUUUGAGUUCAUUACUGAAACUGUCUCAGGUUACAUGAAAUAUGUAUCAGGAAUUACUCUGCAGGACUUAAGCCAACAGCCGAUUAUAUCUGUUUCUUUUUUUCUUUUGAGCAGGUUUUUACAUUUGUGUGUAUUUGCACAGGUCUUUUAAAGGCACCAUGUGGCACAUUCACAUUUCAGAAAAAUAAUUUUCAUUCAUCUUGUAUACACAUUUUGAGACUAUUUUCAUUGUUUACAGUUGUCUCUUAUUCAUUUGCUAACAUGUAAUGUAAGUGGGUAUCCAUUUCUAGAUUUCUUGUUUCCUUUUUGAAGGUUAUUUGAUUUAAAAAUGUUCCCUUUGUUGGCCUUUGGAAGAAAAAAAGGUCUUGCUUCUUUUUUCUUGUAAUAAAGAAAUCAAACUUAGGCGAAUAAUAAGGAUUAUUGAGGUUUAGUGCAGACGCAAUAUGUUCUAACGUAAUACGUGUCAAAAAACAGAUUGUUUUUUAAAAAUAUAUUGUAGUAUAUUCUGUAUGUUUGGUCUUGGAAAUGUGAACUUCAAUUGUUUUUUGAGCAUUAAUCCUGUCUGCAUUUUUUUGAUUUACUUUCUUGAACAAUAUUUUUAGACAGAAGAAGUUGGGUUUUUUUUCUCAAAAAAGAGACCAACCAGUUGGUUUAAAAACAGAAAAAAAUAACCAAGACCAAAUUUAUAUUUAUCAAAGGGCUCUAGUUAAUUUAGUACGCACAGUUCUGGUACACCUCAACAUAAUCCAGCCAACACUAUCAGAAACACCUGUUUGGCAAGUCGACAUAUCUGAAGCUGUUAAAUUAUACAUGAAUGCACUGUAGUGCAAAAGUGAAAAGGAUAUAUUGAUCAGCUCUGAUCUUCAACAUUUAGUGCAGUUUUAGGAUUCUUUGUGGUUAGGAUCAAAUUUGUGUUUCUCUACAAAGAGUGAUGAUGUUCUUAUUCUUCAACAGUACCUGUUUUGAGGUGUUUUUAUGUGAUUCUUGAGCUAGAAAAUAUUUCUAGUGCCAACGAAAAUCCAGACUGUCUUGUUUCUGGUUUUGUUUUUACUUCUUUAAAGCAAAUACAUCACAAUUUGACUGAAGAGCAAUAUCCCUGAUCUUUUUAUGGCAUAAUCAAACAUUAACUUGUUUUUUUAAAUAAAGUGCCAACUUUUUUUUUUUUUUU